GCUCGGCCGCCAUUGCGGUCGAUGGGUUUUUGGGUUGUGGAUUUGAGGCUCAGGUCAAAAAGCAGCUGAGCGUUAGCGUUAGCGUGAAACUGGUCACAAAUUUCGUGCAUAAUUUCUGCGCGGUAUGUCGCGCUACUACCCGAGCCGGGGUAUGAGUCGCGGUGGCCGCGGCGGCUAUUACCAGAGCUCGUACGGCCGCGGUGGGAGCGGUGGCAGUGGCAGCGGCUACUACGAAGGCCGGGGUGGCAGCAGCGGCGGCUUCAGCAGCGGACCAGGGCGCUACUAUCCGGAUCGGGACCGACGCGAGUCGGGUGCAGGGCUGCCGUCCAGCCACCGCACCCAGCUGGAGAUCGCCAAGAAGCUGGUGGACACGCUGAUGCAGACGUCAGGCGGUCGGCGCCCGGCCGACCACUACGCCGGCAGCAGCGGUAGCGAACCGCCCUACAAACGGCCGCGCGACGAUUCGUAUGACCGUGAUCGGUCCAGUUCGAUGCGCAGCCGUCAUUCGGACUACCACUACCGGCGCGACGAUUACCAGGAGCGCCGGCGCCACGACGAGUUCCACGCCCCCAUGCGGCGGCCGUUCCGCGCGCGCGGCUACGCGCCGCGCCGCGGUACGGGCUACAUACGCGGCGGACCGCCGCGGCGCCCGUUUGGCGACUACGACGAGGACCAGUCCAGGGACCGGUCCUUCGACGGUCGCCGUGAUGACGCGCCGCGCGUGUACCCGCCAUCCAAGCAGCUGGUGACCAAGUGCCCGCACUGCCACGCCCGCUGCGCCACGUUCGCCGACUUCCGGAAGCACCAGUUGGGCCGCGAGCACAUGGACGCCAUGCGCCGCGUGCUGAUGCGCAUCCGCGGCGAGCUGGGCAAGAUGCGGCUGGCGCAGCGCGAGGAACAGAAGGAGCUGGAGGCCAAGGAGGCGGCCAAGGACCCGGAAGCAUUCGACAAGCUGCCCACCCAGUUCUGCACACUCUGCCGGCUGCAGUUCAAGUGCACGGAGGGGACAAACCACAACGAGACCGAGUGGCAUCGCAAGCAGCGUGCCUACCAGAACCCGUCAUGCAAGAUCUGCAACAUGACGUUCCCGGCUCGGAUCGCCUACGAGAAGCACUCCGGCACAUUCACGCACAUUCCAGAAACAGAACAUGUCGGAGCGUCGGGCGGAGCGCCGCGACGAGGCCGACUUCCAGAAGGGCGACUUCAUGACGCUCGACUCGGUCGGCGACGUGGACGAGGAAGGCGAGCGCGAGGAGGCGGCGGCGCGCGACGACGGCGCCCGCGAGCGGCCGCAGCGCACCGCCACGCAGAAGCUGGCCGAGCUGGCCGACUACGACGGCAAGCACGCUGUCGGAUCGAACUACAUGCGCAAGACCGAGGUCUACCACUGCGGCCUGUGUGACAUCUACAUCAAGAUCACCGCCAAGGUCAAUGCCGUGCUCAUCAAACACUGCAUGGGCAAGAAACACUUCGAAAACUAUCGCAAGAAGCUGGCCAAACUGUCGGAGAAGGAGGAGGAGGA